GGAAUGGAUGAAAUGUCGAGCGUUCAAAAGAAAAAUCUAGCCCAUCACGCUCCCUGCGUAAUUUACUGCCACUGAUCAUUCAGAACACAUUAUUUAUGUAAAAUAACUGCUCAAGAUACCUGGUCCAUAAAGUCCGUCCACACUCGUGUCGCUUUACUUGCGCGGCAUUUGCUGUGCCCCAGCUCGCAAGCGUUAUGGCCGGCAGGGCAACCACCGUUGGCGUUAUCGGUGGCGGCUCAUGGGGCACUGCUCUGGCCAUCCACUGCGCGCGGCGCGGCCACGACACUGUGGUCUGGGCCCGUGGCGCCGCCACAGUGGAGGCGAUCAACAGCCGCCACGAGAACACAGAGUACCUGAAGGGCCACCCCUGCCCGCCCAGCCUGCGGGCCAGCAAUGACCUGGCAGAGGUGAUCACCCGGAGCGAGCUGCUGCUGAUGGUGGUGCCCACGCAGUACAUCAUACACACCCUGGGGGAGGCUGCCAAGCUGCUCCAGCCGCACCAGAUCCUGGUGUCCUGCUCCAAGGGCAUCAGUCUUGACAGCCUGGAGACGGUGGCGGAGCUGCUGGAGGAGCGCGUGGUGCCGCCCGAGUUCAGACCCCGGCUCGCCUACCUGAGCGGGCCCUCCUUCGCGGCGGAGGUGGCGGCCGGACUGCCCACAGCCGUCACCGUGGCAGCCAAGGAUGAGGAGCUGGCGGCCCGGGUGCAGGCACUGCUGUCCACACCUCGCUUCAGGUGUUACCGCAGCACAGACGUGGUGGGCGUGGAGCUUGGCGGGGCACUGAAGAACGUGCUGGCCAUUGCGUGCGGCAUCAGCGACGGCAUGGGCUUCGGAAACAACUCGCGAGCCGCACUCAUUACACGAGGCCUGUACGAGAUCACCAAGCUGGCUGUGGCCCGCGGCGCCCACCCGCUUACCAUGUCGGGGCUGGCGGGCAUGGGCGACCUGGUGCUCACGUGCACAGGUGACCUGAGUCGCAACCGCACGGUGGGGCUGCGGCUGGGGAGAGGCGAGCGGCUGGAGGACAUCCAGGCGUCCAUGGGCGGCGCGGUGGCGGAAGGCGUGCCCACUGCUGUUGCCAUCCGGCGGCUUGCGUCCAAGAUGGGCGUGGAGGUGCCCAUCAUGGAGGGCAUACACGCCGUCAUCCACCUGGGGGCAAACGCGCAGAAGGUGGUCACAGACGUCAUGAGCCGAGAGCUCAAGGCCGAGGUGGCACCGGACAUCAUCCGGGGCGUGCUCGCCAGCAGCAGCGGCAGCGGCAGCGUGCACGGCAGCUACGCCAGCCUGCCGGGGGCCGGCGCCGAGGCCUCGACAGCGGCAGCGGCAGCGGCACCACAUGGCGACUCGGCGGUGGCGACCAGCUCGUCCACGUCUUUGGGGCCGGCAGGGCUUCCGCCCAAGCCGCCGAAGCAAGUCCAGCUGGCGGCAACCGCCGCGGCGUCGGGCAAUGGAGUGACAGCUGGGGAGGGCGCCGGUGCGGCGCGGUCUCCGGAGGACGGAGAGCGGUGGCGGCUGCUGGCGGCGGCGGCGACAGGGGCUGCGGCGGCAGCCGUCGUGGUGUGGGUGCUUGGGCGGUGGCGCCAUGCAUAGGUUUAGUUAAGGCGUGUGCAGAUGCGUCGUUGGCUUGCAAAUAGACUUCGGAUUCUGCGGUAAAUCGUUCGGGCUGUCAGCAGUUUAUUGGGUUUGCGGGCACCACCUUUUUACUCCCGCUCGAGAGGCACCCACGAGCGGCACCUCUACCCUGUGAGUGACAGAUUCGGCUGUUGGCUCGUGACUAGGGUGAUGUAGGCGUGUGAUGGGACAGGGUUCAAGGCAGGUUGGCAAUGCUCGCAACCAGAGGCGCAAUUCCGCGUCAAGUGUGCAGGAUGGCAAUGUGGCAUGUGGAUGUACGGUGGGUGGCAUGGUAUGAGCGGCACGCACGGGCAGGCGGACGAUUGCACGCGGCGAUCUGGCAAGAUGCGGCCCGUUGCCCUGUUGCUGUUGUUUCCUGGGGUAUAAGUCCGGCAAUCAUGGCUUUGGCCCAUUACACACAAGACUUUCGGGGUUCUGCGAUAGGAGUAUAGGUGGGCGGACCAGCGUUGCAAAGCGUGGAGGACUGAUGAGUUGAUGCUUAGCCAA